ACAAAAUUUUUAAACGUCAGAUUAUAUUGUCGCAAAAAUUUCAGUCAUAUUUUCAUAAAAAAUACGUGAUCUCAGAAUAGAUAAAAAUAAUAUAUAAAUUAAAAUUGUGUCACGUCCGCCGCUAAUUUCGGCUGUGAUUGCAAAAUUGGGGGUAAAAAAAGGGUUGCAUAAAUGAAUGAUGUCGCUGAGGUCGAAGGCGCUUGCACUGGUGGAGGUGUUAUUGAGGGUACCGCCGUUGUUUGUGGUGGAUGAGUUCCUGAAAAUCAGCCUUGGGCUGCCAGUGUCGAGCGGCGAAGAGGUGUCUGUGCUGUCCAACGUCACUGACGACCACGUCGAUGUAACAGACGCAGAGGCAAAUUAUUACGACGCGAAUUUUUACAACGCGUUUUUCUUCACCUUCCUCAAAUUCCUCGUCUGCUGUUUAGGAUGCAUGUCAGCGCUCUGCGUGUUCGUGUUGUACACGAAACAUCUCAUCAUAGUCUACCUCUAUCUGAUGUCCCUGGGCAUCGUGUUCGUCUCCUAUUGGACGAAUGUGUCGGCGAUCAAGCAAAUCCAGGCGGUCACACUGGCCGCCACGUCCACGCAACCCUCGGCGAGCAUACUCGAAGAUAUCCUCAACUUAAACUUGAAGAGCCUACUUGAUCUAGAUGGCCCCGGUAUACUUGUGAUACAAAACUUCGCGAUACAGUUCACGCUAUCGUACGUCUUUCGAAAUGUACACUUGGGGCCUAGACACCAAACAAUCCAGAAAUUUCUACCGAUCACCUUCAUGGCUCCGUCGUUCUUGGCCAUGCUGCCAGUGCCACCGAAUCUAUUGCAUCAUUCGCCAGUGUUCUCUGCGCUCCUUCCCUUGUUUCUAGUCAAAUACGUGCUCUGGUCGUCCGCAUAUGAUGUCAUACAAGUUAUCUACGCGGGCUACCAGCAUGGCCGACUUUUCGUUAGCAAUUUUGGCCUAUCAGCGCUAGUCGAAACUGAAUGGAUACGGCUCAAUAUCCCGUGCGUCCUCCGAGUGUUCUGGGUGAUGCGAGUCGCUGAGCACGCUAUGUUACUACUCAUGGACAACUACGACGAAGAUACUGAAGAGGGUUUAAAGGUUUCCACUUUACUAGCUGUCCAGUCCCUCGCCUCGAUGGCUAAAUCUUUGCUAGUAACCGGAUGCGAGACCAUCACCGCCGUCCUCGGUAUGACGUCGGUCAUCUCAUUCUUCUGUCACUACAUCGGGAGCUUCUUCCAAUGGAUUUUGUUGACUGACGAAGAAGAAGACAAGAGUAUUGGGACAGUAUCUGCGAUCCUGUUUUAUAUCCUCGCUCUACAAACCGGACUCACCUCACUGAAUCCAGAGAAACGAUUCGUUAGACUGUGCAGGAACUUCUGCCUGCUAUUCACUGCGCUCUUGCACUUUCUGCACAACAUUGUGAACCCCAUGCUAAUGUCGCUGAGCGCCUCUCACAACCCCAGCACCCACCGACACGUCCGAGCUUUAGGCGUCUGCACUUUUCUGAUAAUUUUCCCGAUCUCAUUACUAGUGUAUCUGUGGUCGCAGCACACGAUAUCCACGUGGCUGCUGGCCGUGAGCGCCUUCAGCAUCGAAGUCAUAGUGAAAGUUAUCGUCAGUCUCAUGAUAUACUCGCUAUUUUUAAUAGAUGCGUACAGAAGCACAUUCUGGGAGCAGUUGGACGAUUACGUAUACUACAUACGAGCCUUUGGCAACACGAUCGAAUUCUGCUUUGGAAUCUUCCUAUUUUUCAACGGCGCCUGGAUCCUCUUGUUCGAGUCGGGUGGAGCGAUUCGGGCAGUCAUGAUGUGCAUACAUGCGUACUUCAACAUAUGGUGUGAAGCUCGGGCCGGCUGGUCCGUGUUCAUGAAACGGCGAACCGCCGUGAAUAAAAUCAACUCGCUGAGAGAGGCUUCCGUUGACCAGCUCGACCAGCUGGACGACGUGUGCGCCAUUUGCUACCAAGAAAUGCACUCGGCGAAGAUUACGCGAUGUAACCAUUUCUUCCACGGCGUGUGCCUGAGGAAGUGGCUCUACGUGCAGGACAGGUGUCCGCUCUGUCACGACAUUCUAUACAAGAUAGACAACGAUCCGAACAAAGACAACACCUCGGAGGCUAGCAACGAGGAAAAUAGCAACAAUCAGAACAUACUUCUCGAAGACGAAGACCCCGACCUGCUGCUCGGUGAGGGCGUGAGAUGACUGACUGGUGAACACUCACUCAACUUAGAAUAAAAUCAAGUUUAGAUUCGUGUUUUUCAGUGGUAUUUUUAUUUUGUAUAGUAAGUUAUUGUUUUUAUUGUAUACGUUAAUCAGGUGGAUGCUGUGAUGUAAUAGGGAUUAAAUUUUGUCUCGUGAUGGAAGCUCGGCGUUAUGUCAGUGUGACUCUUAGUGCUAAGUCUGGACGCUUUUUGCGCUGUUACCAUUUCCUAUGAAUGUUUUAUGAUGUCUAAAUUGCUAGUGCAACUAACUUUAUGUGCAGAGGCGUCGUUUUCACGAGCGCAUAGAAUCCAUGACCAUUGACCAUAGAUAUCAAGUUUAUAAGACGAAGAGGAAGGACUUUACAUGGUAAUUUAAAGAAGGUUAUAACGCUUCGGUUCGUUCUACUGACAAUUCAGUAUCACGAGGUUACUUCAAGCCGACGCCUCUGACUACUUUCAGAUGUUAUAAUACGCGAAGCUAUUUGUAAAUAGUUUAGAAAUAGCUUUUAAUAUACAGAGUCUAAUUGAUAGCAAAA